GGGGGAGCCACAGAAGGCUCGGCAGCAGCGGGCUAGAAGCGACCAGGGAUUAGGACGACUUAGGACAGGUGUGAAACGGCGAGCUAGAAGCCUGACGAAGAGGAGACAGGCUAACAGCACAGCACGUUUUGCGCCAUCCGUACCUUGACUAGGCCCUAUGUAUAAUAGUAGGUAGUAGAUAUGGUAAUGUGCAUACACUACUAUGGUAUGUACAAACCGGCUGUGGGUGGGGGACGGGGGGAAAGAAGGGGGAGAAACAGACAGGUAGCCUUUCCAUACUCGGACUCGAGUGUGUUGCGGCUUUGCGACUUUGGGGCUGGGUUGGGGCCGUACGUAUGGGAAAAGAUACCGAGGAGGUGGCUUGUCUCAUCGACGUGCACCAAUGAGUACUUAGUAUGUCCACGUAGCAGCCAGAGUAGUAGUAGCAAAGGUACCCAAGUACCUUUGAAGCGGUUGUGCACGUUGAAUCUAUACACUAGGUGGCAACAGAUGGGGUACGCGGGACAGGGAGAGAGAGAAGAGAGAGACAACGAACCAUGCUCUAUCGUCCCCCGACUCAGAGACAAAAAGACAAAAAGACAAAAGUCGGUACGGGUGCCAGGGCCAUGCCGAGGAAAGCGAAGAGGAUCAGAAAACGCAGAGUCUGAGCCGCAGACGGGCGUGCUAGGGAUGGGAGGGGAGGGGUUGUGCUUCUCGGACGAAGCGCAAAAUCGCUACUCGUAUGACACAACCAGAGCGCAAAUCUGGAGUCAGCAGUCAGUGACGGACCCGAAGAACAGACAACCUGGCACAAGUCGACGACGUUGCUGCACUGUAAAUCCGUUGUAGGUUAUUUGCGAAGGUCGCAGCGGGGGCGCGUGGGCUCGGCCGUGGAAACCUGCCAUUUAGCCAAGGCCAAUCCAGCCUCCCCGGCGAAGAUCAUGGUCGAGCAUGUUUGGCAAGACCCCAUCUAACAUCGGGCGCCGUUUUGGCUUCACGGAUCCGAA